GCGUCGAAGUUUUAAGUUUAUUUCAAAUCAAAAUCUAAAGCCACCUACCGAACCAACGGUGCACUGAGUCGACUCAGCGGUUACCUCCACACAAUGACCGAUCCAACGGUAAACGAAACGACGUCGAAGAGCGGCGGAGGUGGCGGUGGGUCUGACGCAUCUCGAAUCGGAGAGGUAAAGCAAUGGCUGACUCAAGAGUUCUCCCAAGCCGGAAAAGAAGUGCCCGAUUUCGAAUAUACCCCUCGUUCGGUGGCAUAUUUACACAACCUUGCCACUCUCUCCCAAGCUCAAACUCAAGCUUCCAAGAUCCUCGCCUCCGAUUUCCGCCUCAAAGCCUCCGAAUACCGAGCCCAAGCUGCGAGGAUCGGAGAGAUAUUGGAGAGUGUUGGUUUGGCACAAGAGGGUUUGGCUUCAAACGUGGUGUCUUCAGCUCAGGUCUUAGCGAAUGUAGCCAAUUUGUUGAAUAUAAGAGACACUGAGCUAAGCAGUUUUCUUGUGGCGAUGGGGGAUAUAUCCUUGAGGAAGACGGGUGUGGAGGAGAAAAGAGCUAAAGCGCAAAAAGAGUCCAAUGUUCUUCUUGAUUAUACUCGAAAGGCGAUUUCCAGGUUAACUUAUUUGAAAAGAACACUUGCCCAACUAGAAGAUGAUGCAGGUCAAUGUGAGGCACACAUUGAGCAUUGGAAGAACAACUUGGCGCUGAUGCUUGGUAAGGAGAAACAAUACAACCAAGAAACUGUCCGCUUUAAGGACACUCUUAACCGUGUGGGUUACACCCCAGAUAUUAGCCAUGGAGUGUUGGUUGGAUUGGCUGAGGAGCGGAAGGAAUUAGAGAAGAAGACAAAGCCAGUCCUUGAUACUUUGAGAAGCUACCAAGAUUUGCCUCCUGAUAAAGCUUUGGCUGCUUUAGCAAUCGAGGACAAGAAAAGGCAAUAUGCUGCUGCGGAAAAGUAUUUUGAAGAUGUACUGCAUACAGCUCUUUCCACUUCGAAGUAAUGCACCAGUAGACUUAUUGCUGUAUGAUUGCCUCUGUAUAAAUAUAUAUAGUUUUGUGUUAUUGGACAACUGGUAAACUGGUCAAUGUUUCUUUGUUGAUCCGAUGAUUGUUGCACAAGUUGUGGUCACAUUAGUUUUGCUACUUUUGUUUUUGAUCCGUUAACAAUGAAAUUUUUAUUUAGAUAGA